AAAAAAAAAGAAAAAAAGAAAAACAAGUCUUACUCUCGCGAUAGCAGCGUGCUUAUGCAGCCGCCAUAUUCUGUGACAGUAUUUUGAUUCGUAUCUGCUGGAAGUGAGGAAAAAGAGAAAAGCGAAGGGCUGUCGAGGGGAGGGGGGGCUGAAGAAGAGGAGCUGUCAAAAAGGUAUUCCCGGGUCUCUGUCAAACGGCGGAGGGCUGAGGCUCGGUAUCCCUCCCCUAACGCUAUUUCGAGGACAGACAAGGCCCGGGGCCUCGGUGCAGUUGGUUCUUCGUCUCCCUGGUAGUAGCUGGACCCCUCUCGGCUUCUCCUCUCUCAGCUCCGCGGCCCUCCGGAGGUCCGGCGGCGGUCUCGGGUGUUGAAGGCGGCCCGGGGAGCGGCGGCGGCGGCAGCGGAGACGGGAAAGUAAGUUACAUUAAGAUGUUCAAGAUGAAGGCGACUUGCUGCCACGAUUGACGCUCCAGUGCGCUGAACAGAACAAGCAGUCCUGACCUGGCAACAUACGAAUGGCCCAGGGAAGCCACCAGAUUGACAUUCAGGUUUUGCAUGACCUGCGCCAAAAGUUCCCUGAAGUCCCAGAGGGUGUUGUCUCCCAGUGUGUUCUGCAGAACAACAACAACUUAGACGCCUGCUGUCAAUACUUGUCCCAAGUCAGUCCAGGCUACCUGUACAGUGAAGAAGGAAACCUGAGCUUUUCUGACGACCCUAGCAUCAUCAGGCUCCGUAAUCACAUGACCCAGCUGAACCUGGGCCUGCAGUCUCAGAAUGUGCACGUGGCCCCGGUUCGGGACGGCCUGAGAAUGAACGGCAGCCGGACUCUGGCCCACAGCCUGAGUGACGGGCCCCUCCAGACAGGCCAGGCCCCCAAUAGUGACUUCUUUCAGCAGGAGCCCCAGUCAGCCCCAGUGCAGGUGCCCUCCGGCCUCAAUGUAUUUGGUGUGAUGGAACCCACGCGCAAACCGCAGCCUCCACAACACCUUGGACUUUACCCUAUGGGUGUCAAAGGAACAACUAUGGGUGCCCAGCAAGCGCCACGCUUCAACCCCAUUACAGUGACGCUUGCCCCUAAUAUCCAGACGGGCCGCAACACCCCCACUUCUUUGCACAUACACGGUGGGCCACAGUCAGGCCUAAGCAGUCCACAGGGUAACUCUAUCUACAUCAGGCCCUAUGUUAGCCAGACCGGUACGACCCGGCAGAACCAGCAGCAGGGAAGCAGGGCCCAGUAUAGCCCCACUUCCCAGCCCCAGCAGCAGAUCUACCAGAUCUCUCACCCCUCCUCCCUGUCCGGCUCCUGGUCCGGCCCUCAGCACGCCUCCUCUUCACAUACCUCACAGCACCAGACCCAGGGCCACCAGACCUCUCAUGUCUACAUGCCAAUUAGCUCCCCCACAAAUCCCCAGGCGCCCUCCAUUCUUCCCACUGGAAGCCAGACCUCUUCCUCCGGUGUCUCCUCGUGCUCCUCUUCCUCUUCCUCCUCCUCUGUCAUGCCAUCAUCCUCUACCAUCAGCCAAUACAACAUCCAGAACAUCUCCACUGGCCCACGGAAGAAUCAGAUAGAGAUCAAACUUGAAUCUCCUCAAAGGAGCAACUCCACCACCACAACAGCUGUGCUGCGGACAAGCAGUGGACCCCGUUCAUCUUCCACCUCCUCCUCCUGUCCUUCGUCUUCGUCCUCCUCAACCGGGGUGGCUACUGUGCCAACCACCCCUCUGUCCAUCGGAUGCCCAGGUCUGAGUCGCAGCCAGCCAACUGUUUACAUCUCUGCCAGCCCACCUACUGCUGCUACCACUCCAUCUGAGGAGGCCGUCAUGGCCUCUGCCGGCUCCCGCUCCCAACCCAAGUUUUAUAUCUCUGCCAAUGCCUCCAGCGACGAUGGUGGGGGUAGGAACCCUCACACAGUCUACAUCUCAGCCAACCCUCCCUUGCAGGGGCCUUCAGGGGCCAGGAACAUGGGAGGCCAAGUGAGCAUGGGCCCAGCCUACAUCCACCACCAUCCACCUAAGUCUCGUGCAUCUGUGGGAGGGGGAGGCACAGCUUCUUCCCCUCGCGUGGUGGUGACUCAGCCCAACACCAAAUACACUUUUAAAAUCACCGUGUCACCCAAUAAGCCCCCAGCUGUGUCCCCUGGAGUAGUGUCCCCUACUUUUGAGCCCAACAACCUCCUAAGCCUACCCUCAGACCACCACUUUGUGGAGCCAGACCCCCUCCAUCUCUCAGACCCGCUGUCGCCACACAGGGAGAAGCCGAGUGAGCCUCGCAGACUCAGUAUGAGCUCUGAUGAUGCAGCGUACACACAAGCAUUGUUGGUCCAUCAGAAAGCCCGCAUGGACAGGCUGUGGCACGAGCUGGAGCUGAAGAAGAAGAAGCUGGAGAAGCUAAAAGAGGAGGUCAACGAGAUGGAGAAUGACCUGACCAGGAGACGGCUGGAGAGAUCCAACUCGGCCUCCCAAAUUCCUUCUAUCGAGGAAAUGAAGCAGUUGCGAUGCAAAAACAGGUUACUGCAGAUCGACAUUGACUGCCUCACCAAAGAAAUUGAUCUCCUUCAGACAAGAGGACCACACUUUAAUCCCAGUGCAAUCCAUAAUUUUUAUGACUACAUUGGAUUCCUCGGUCCUGUCCCAUCCAAACCCAAAGGUACUUUAUCUAUUGACUCGGGCUGUAAGAUUGUGAAGCCCAUUGCAGACCAGGAGGAGGAUGAGGGGACGCAGUGGAGCUGUACAGCCUGCACCUUCCUCAACCAUCCCGCCCUCAACCGCUGUGAACAGUGCGAGUUCCCGCGGCACUUCUGAGCCAACCGGGCUGCGACGCGCCGCUCCCUCCUCUGCCCGCCUGUCCUCUACCAGGCUAGAAUAGAAAAGGGCCCUCUCUGUUUCCUUUUUACCUACGUGUAUGAAAACUGGGAUGGGGCAUAGUCGUUGUGCAUCGUGCGGCCUGUUUUCCUUGUUUUUGUUUUUUUUUUCCUUUUUCCUCUCUAAGGUUUGUAGAAUGCUGUCCACUGAAGGCUUGAUUGGAUAGUGUUUACACCUCGCGUUUCUUCCUAAAGGCUGGCAGAGUCGGAUGAUACCUCACCUUAGAGACUCAGAUUGCGUGGGGUCACUUCCCCCCUUUUCUGCUAGAUGGGUGACACUUUACCCCAGGGGAUACCUCGCCACUCCCACCUACAGUAUUACGAGUGUGGCCCUGCAGUGUGACGGCACACACAUACAGACCUACAGACACGCACACACGCACACACACACACACACACACACACACACACACACACACCGCCAGGUGCCGAUGUGCCUUUUGCUGAAUUAAUAAAUUUGUUCUUCUUCCUUUGUGGUGGCAUGACUGGGGAAUCGGGAACUGUGUUCAGCCACUGCUCUCCAUCUGAAGGGAAAACUAACAGACUACUCUUGGACUUUAAAGUUUGUUUGCUGUUUCUAGAGGAUGUCAAAAGGGGAACCGGCAGUGUAUCUGCCACUCAAACAUGCCCCUUGUCCUCCAACUUCAGUAUCCCUUUUCUGUUUAUUCAAUCGACUUACUGAAAAAAGAAACUAAGUUGCAUGCUUUGUGUACAGUACACGGAGGCAGAAACUCGAGCUUUUUACUGUACAUAAUUUUAGAAUGUGCCUUAAAAGCCUUCUUCCUCACACUAUGAAUCACUUGUAUUUCCUGUAAGUAUAGCUUUAUAGACUUUAUUAACUUUUUGUCUUGUUUUGUUUCCCUCUUUCAAACAAAUAAGCACCAUGCUCCCUUUUUAAGCUUUUUACUUGAUAUCUGUGAGAGUUGAAGCCUUGCAGAAGGAGAGGAGCAGAGCAGCAAAAACCUUUGCAGUCAUCAUGAAGCUACGUCUGCCAGGUCCGUUCAUUGCUUGUGUAAUUGCUGAGUUUCCUGUGUACGAUCUGCAGAUGCAGCAAAGUGGAAGGCGAUGGAGGAGUCUUUUUUUUUUUUUUCUUUUUUUUUUUUCUCCAGGACACCAAAUAUGUUUGCGACUGUCGGGGGAGGGAAGGGGUCAAAAAGCAAAAUUACAAACUGCCUUCUUAUCUGACAACUGGAAUGUAGGUUUAAUGUUUGGGGACAACUACACCUCAGUGCAAAGAGACACUCAGUUUCCAAUACAAUCAGGAUGUUUACUGCAGAUCGAUGUCAAAGUGCUCCUGGAACAGCUGAUUGGAUUAAACGUUUCCGUGUUGCUGUGCACCUGAAUUGGGUUGAGGUCCAAAGAUCAAAGUGAAUAUGUUUCUGUGUAACGUGUUCCUAUAAUGCAGAGAUAUUCAAAUGGGUCCCAUGUCAUGCCUUCAAUGCAACAGGUCAGAGUCAUUACAACAUCUUGGAAGCAGACAAGGCAAAAAAAAAAAAAAAAAAAAAA